AUGGCGAACUCCUCGAACACAACCUCACUGCCCACGAUACCUUUCCAAGAGUCACCCGACUACAAAGGCCAUGAAGUUCUCAGUUUGAACGCUGCUCUGAUAGCAUGCACCUCAUUCAUACUUGCAUUGAGGCUCUAUGUCCGCAGCUUUAUGUCCAAAGCCUUGGGCGUCGAUGACCUUUUUGCCGUUCUAGCUUACGGAUGCCUGGUAGCACUUUCGGCCUUCGAGAUUCGAUCCGUACAAUUCGGUAGUGGUGCACACAUACAAUUCGUGCCAGGGCCUCUCGUUGCACAUUUCUUCGAGUCGCUUGUUAACAACACGUUAAUCUACUUCUUUGGUACCGGAUUAAUGCGCCUAUCGAUCGUGGCAUUCCUACCUAGACUUGCCCAAGACCUCACCUCGCCCAUUUUCAACAAGCUGGUAUACGGCAUAGGUAUUGUCAUUAUUGUACAGACACUCGGGUGCUUCUUUUACCGACUGACGGAGUGUACUCCUAUUAAGGACAUUUGGCUUGUUCCUACCACACCCGGCUUAAACUGCGUUAGUCCGCAGCAAGAAAACUCCAUGAUGGUCGGACACCAGGCGGUCGGUAUCAUGAUCGAUUUUGCGCUCUUGGCGUUGCCGAUAUGGGUGGUUCACACUAAAAUGCUGUUCUCGCAACGCAAGAUCCAGGUGAUCCUCGUAUUCAGCGUCGGGGUGUUCGUUCUUGUUACGGGUAUCAUUCGUAUCGUCAUGUUGAAAACCUUGCUAUUUCUCGAAGAUCCCACAUUCAACAUGUCAACUAUAGGGCCGUGGACAGACCUCGAAGGUCAUGUAGGCCUAUGGUGCGCUUCGUUUCCCGCCCUUCAACCGAUUCUGCGCAUCGUCGCCUACAAGAUCGGCCUUCGCAGCGCCCUUUACAGUUACGACAAAGAUCCCAAAUCGGGCAACACUGGGAAUGGUACUUCGUCUGUCAAGUGGGCAGGACCAUCAAGGAGCAAUAACGGAUAUGUGCGCAAAGGCAGUGGAAUCGACGCGGAUGAUGGCAGCGAGAAAGGUAUCAUCUCGUCGAAUGAGGGAGGCAUAGAGCUUGGCAAUCUAAAUUCUAUGGAUAGGGCUAUCCACAGGAAGGUAGAGGUCGACGUUUCUGUUGAGGAGGCCCCAAGAGGGAAAAGGUUGGAACAGGACUACGGUCAUAUCAAUGGCAAGCCCAACCAAAACUGGGCUGAUCUUUGA